AUGAAUAAGAAUAGUAAUAAUAGUAAUAAUAACUAUAUUAAUCAAAUAACAGAAACAAAAUGUUCAGAACAUGAAAAAGAGUUUGAAUAUUUAUGUUUCACUUGUAAUAGUAUUUUGUGUUCAAAAUGUUUUUUUAAUCAUUACAAAUCUAACAAAGAUCAUGAUGUUGAAUCGAUCGAUGAAAUAAAAAAGAAUUUAAAUAAUCUAAGCAAUAAUGAUUAUUCAUAUUUAAAUAAUAGUAAUCAUAACUAUAAAACAGAUAACUACAUACAAAAUAGAAUAAAUUAUAUUUGGACAUCAAUUAAAAGAUUAUCAUAUCAAUACACAUCAUUAGGUGACAAAGUAACAGAGAUAUCCAAUCAUUUCGAGAAACUUCAUCAAUUCCUCAUUGUUGAAGAACAUAGAUUGAAGAAACCUAUCAGUAUAGAUCAAGAUACCGUUAAAGAGGAUUUAGAUAAACAAUUGAAUGAAUUGAAAUCAAUCAUUAAUAUUAUAAACUUUAAUAACAAUAAUAUCAACAAAAAAGAAGUAGAACUUGAUGAUGAUAAUCAAGUUAAAUCGAUAGUAGAAGAUACAACAGAUCUAUAUUCAAUAUCAACAAUCAAUAGUUAA